GACAGUCUAGUAUAUAGUGGGUACAGUACAGGUGUGAACAUAGCAAGUGGCGCAAUGGAGAAUCUACAUGAAAUACUUGGUUCCAAGUGGUUUAAACUCAGCUGUGCAGUAGCUGGUGUUGUUGUUUUUGGAUACGUCAUUGUGAAGCGGUUUACUCGAAGGGAGAAGAAAAUUGCCCCCAAAGACACAGUGAUCCUGUAUCAAUUUGGACGUGGCCCCAAAGCACCAAGUAUUUCACCUUUUCCAUUGAAGCUGGAAACCUAUCUAAGGAUGGCUAACAUUCCUUAUGAGAAUGACCUUACAGGCAAAAUGUCAUCGAAGGGGAAGACGCCAUGGAUGGAAUACAAUGGUGUGGCAGUGGCAGAUUCUCAGUUCUGUAUUGAGUACCUGAACAAGGAACGUGGUAUAGAUCUUAAUGCCCACCUCACUGCUGAACAGAAGGCCAUUGCCAGAGCUUUCCAGAAGAUGACAGAGGAGAAUCUCUACUGGGUUUUAUUUUCGUGGAACUGGAUUCAUGACUCCAAAAAGGAAGUUUGUAAACUAUUUCCUUACCCAAGACCUGUUGCCCUUUUCUUCUACUACAAAUUAAAAGGAAAAGCUGUUGGAUAUGCUAAAGCCCAAGGUAUGGGAAGGCACACCAGCAAAGAAGUCAUGUCAAUAUUUCAGCAAGAUAUCCAAGCUCUUGGCACCUUCUUAGGUCAGAAGCCAUUCCUGAUGGGGGAUGAGCCCUGUGAGGCGGACUGUGCCGUCUUUGGUAUGCUGGCCCAAGUAGUCUGGCAAAUGCCAAAUUCUCCACAUGAAAUAUGGAUCAAAAAAGAGUUUCCAAACCUCAUUGAAUAUUGCUACAGAAUGAAAGAGCGCUUUUGGCCAGACUGGGAUGAAAAUAUCACUGAACCUGAAAGAAAGAAGAUGGAAUAAGAUUAUACAGUGUUAGAAUAUAAGAUGAAGAUUACAUAAAUCAAUGGAAUAAAAACUGAGGAGCAAAUAAUUUUACUUACUUAGAAAUGAGAAGAAUUAUUAAAUGUGGAGAUGCCAAUUGAAGGGAAGUGCUUUGAUAGAAAUUCGCACCAACAGUACCUUGACCCUGUGGAUAUAUUACAUAUGUCAGAAGUAAUUUCAUAAGUACAGGUGAUAAACAUAAUUGACUACCCAAAUGAUUUGAACAUGUGAAGCUUGAUUUCUUUUUCUGUAUGUAUACAUAAACCGUAGGACUAUUGCUUAACUAUGGAUACAGUUUUGUGUGAUGUAUCAACCAUUUACUACUGAAUGAUUUCUGCCUACCCAAUCUCUUAAUUCUUGGUGCUACUGAUGUUCAGAUGUACACAUAAGGACCCAGCAAAGGUAGAUUUUGGCUCAGUGAACAGGUCCAUAGUUUUACUGAUGCAGAAUGGGGAUCAUAACAGUCAUUGAUGAAAUAGUUUUGAUAGUCCAACAUAUUAUACAAUUUAUUUUCGAUGUUAAUAUAUAUAUAUAUAUUUUUGACAAGUUUUUUGUGGUUCCUUUUCUGGUAUUAGUGUUAAGGGAAAGUAACAACAUUUUUACUGUUUUAGCAACAAUACUGGUAUGUUCAUUUGUAUACCUCUGUAUGCAAUUGCUACAAUGCUGAUUUGAUUUUGAUAUACAGUUAACACUUGAUUUUAUGAAUGUAAUGGUUGUGCACUUGUGAAAUAAGCAGAGUUUUUAUAAUUCACCUGUUUGAAAGUACACAUUUUGGAAACUAACAACAUUUGUAUUGUUUUUUUUGUUUUUUUUUUUUUCAAAAAUGUAUGUUAUACCUCCCUUCAUUAAUGCUACAAUGCUGAUACACGUUGUAUGUUAGCAUGUAUAUAUGAUUGCACAUAAUGUGCUUGAUAUUUUCGAUACAAAUCGCUUUUUUCUUGAAUAUUUCAGGUUAUGGUUAUUGUUAGAGCUAACAGUUCAGGUUGCAGUGUAAAUCAAAUAAUUUGUAAAGCAUUUUAUAUAGUCACCUAUUUUUUCCAAGGAAUUAAAAGUGUUUCUAGAGCUUAUUAUGCUUUACUAUUAUAUGUUACAUUGUUUGGUGAUUUCAAGAGUUUAUUGAAGAGUUUAUUGAAUCAUACUUAUUGUAUGGUUGUCUUAAUUUGUGUUUCUUUAUGUAUAUUUUAAUGAACCCUUCAAUUACAAAAUGUGAAUGUUGAUUGCUUUUGUUCCUUUUUUGGAUAUACGAAAUAAACAGGCCAUAGUUAUUGUCAAAUAUGCACAGAGAAAUUUUUUCAUAAUGAAAUAAUUGUAAUAGAGUAGGAACAGUCGGUGGCAAUAAACUUCAGUUAAAUGCA